UGACCAAACCAACCCACACCGAGACGCCUGCCUGAAACCCAAAAGGAGAAGGGGAGAGCGGCGCGGCGGCGGCGGCCCGGCGCCGGAGGGGAGCUGGGGAGGGGAGGAGAGCAGAAGUGGCGAUGUCGGCGAUCGGCUCCUCCAACAUCGGAUUCCAGCUGCUGAAGAAGUCUGGUUGGAAGGAGGGCACCGGCCUCGGAGCGCAGGAGCAGGGAAGGUUGGAGCCUGUAGAGACUCGUGUUAAGAACAACAAGCGUGGUCUAGGUUCUAAAGAACCAAAACCAAAGCCUAAGGUGGAGGAUGAUGUUGAAAAAGAUCCCAAAAAGCCCAAGAAGGACAUGCAGUCAAAGAAAAGGGCAAAGCUAGCUGCAAAGAGGAUCAGGAAGAUGCAAGAAGAGGAGAAGCGAUUGCAAGAGAAGGAAUUCGAGAUGGCUUUCUUUAGGGAAUUUUGGCCUGAUAAUGUGUAAAGCAGAGUUACUGACCUUGGCUGAUAAGGCGAAUGUACAGGUUGUUAAACUCUAGCAAGUUAUGGGACCGCCAUUCUGUUUUGUGCCGGUAUCCAAAAUUAACCAACGACCAUUCAAUUUGUGCAUUAUUUCUCACUAAUAUGCUGUUGUAUUGCAUCGGAUUGUUGUUUCUUGAAAAUAUGAUUCGGGUUGCUUGUAAUAUCCAGUUUUGCUAUCCUUGGUGUUAUUGUACACCAUUUGAACU